AUGUGAAGAAGAAGAAAAGGCCGACAAAAGAGAAGUCACUAAUGGAGCGAACAUUUUACUAAUACAUUCAUAUUUUCACUUAAUAUCCUUUACAUGUAAAACAUUUCGCUACGUCGUGUAGUAAGACGAGAAAUGGACGCUGAUAGUGGUUAAAAGUGCAGGAGCCAACAGUAACACGUCGCCAUGGCGUCAGAGGACGAGAUCAGCUUGCUGGUUAUUGUGGUGGAUGUCAACCCAAUAUGGUGGGGGCAGCAAGCGCAACGUGAGCCGCAGUUUACUCUGUCCAAAUGUAUGGACGCCGUCAUGGUGAUGGCCAACUCCCACGUGGCCAUGAGCAGGAGCAACAAGCUGGCCGUCAUCGCCAGUCACUGUCAAGACAGCCACUUCCUGUACCCCAGACGGAGUCACGGGAACGGCGACAACGGAGACGACGUGUCCUCCAGCGGCGACGGAAAGUACGAACUGCUCUCGGUGGCCAACAACAUCAUGGCCGAGGAGGUCAGGAAUCUGAUGUCCAAAAUUGAAGUGAAGGGAAAUUCCACAGACACUUUGCUGGCGGGAUCCCUCGCCAAAGCUCUCUGCUACAUCAACAGAGUCUCAAAGGAACGUGAAGCUGGACAGGAUAUCAAGUCACGGAUUUUGGUAAUAAAGGCAGCAGACGACUGCUCCCAGCAGUACAUGCACUUCAUGAAUGUCAUCUUUGCUGCCCAGAAGCAGAACAUCCUGAUUGAUGCAUGCGUGCUGGAGUCGGAUUCUGGUCUCCUCCAGCAGGCCUGUGACAUAACCGGAGGCUUGUACCUGAAGAUUCCACAGAAGGCGGCCAUUGCUCAGUACCUGCUGUGGGUGUUCCUGCCUGACGCGGAGCAGCGCUCUCAGCUGACGCUUCCGCCGCCGGCCCACGUGGAUUACAGGGCGGCGUGCUUCUGUCACCGCAACCUCAUCGAAAUCGGCUACGUCUGCUCCGUUUGCCUGUCAAUAUUCUGCAACUUUAGCCCCAUCUGUACCACCUGCGAGACUGCUUUCAAAAUCCAGCUCCCACAGAUGGUUAAAGGCAAAAAGAAGAAACUCAAAGCAUCAUGACGACAUCAUUGACCAAAAAUAAGCAUUCACAAAAGUUACAGAAUGUUCAUUUUAAUUUUAACUUUAAAAAAUGUUGAGACAUUUAUUUUCACUAAUAAACACACAUCUCUUUAUUUUGCUCAUUUAACUUGGAAAAAUGUACACCACUAGUUUUAUUAAAUUUUUUUGCUAAUACUCAAAUUGAGCCAUCUCAUGUAGAUAAUUAAGGUCAUCAAACAAUGUGAGUUGUCCCCCGGUACUACAUUAACAAGUGUAAAGGUGUCUUAAUGAAGUGUCCUGUGAAGGUGCGUUCCUAACAGUGUCAUCUCACCUGGCAUUUGAGACAAGUCAGCCAAAUGUAAAGGUUGCGAGGUUUAUUCCUUGGUAAAAGAAAACGCCCUUUUGAGCAAGAUGCUUCAAAGACAUUAUUGUCAUGCUGUGAUCAUCACCGAGGGAUUGGGUUAAUAUUGCACCUGGACAACAAGAAGAAAAGGCAAGCAUGUAAUGAAUAUAUUUUGUAGUAUUGUUUCUAGUGGUCAGGCAUGUGAUUACCCUUUGGGGGGAAAAAGGAGAAACAUUUCGGUACAUAGUGCUGCCACGCAAGCCACGGAAUUAAAAUAAAAUAAAAAUAAAAAUCAAGACUACAUUUCCUGCAAUUGGGUGCAGGAUAUGUGUCAA